GCAUGGUUUGAAAGGCAACUUUUCAAUAUACUACUAAUUCUCACUACUCGCCCGGAUGACUCGAAAGCAAUCUUGCCAGAAGCGGUCCACAACAGGCUGUCGCACCUGUCGGUUCGUUGAUAUAUGUACGCUCAACUCUAUAUUCCAACCUACUAACGUCAUCAACAGGGCCCGACGCGUUAAGUGCGAUGAGACACCUGGUACCUGUAAAAGGUGCAAGGACUCUGGGUGGAAAUGUGAAGGAUAUGACUUCGCUCGUUUAUCUAACCUCAGGAAAGAGGAUCGGGGAAUAAUGUCUUCGCUUACCCUCUACCGAGCCUCCCAGGGUCUCCCCGGAGUCGGCCCCGAAGAGAAAAGGGGAUUCGCUUUCUUCCAGCACUUGAGCAUCCCGAACUUGACUGGUUUCUUCAACACCAGCUUAUGGACCAAUCUUAUUCUACCCAUGAGCCACGAAGAGCCCGCUGUGACCCACGCCCUCGUGGCAGUCAGUGUGCUGCAUGAGGACAUGGAGGUACGAGGCGUCCCACUUGUUCGAGAGGACCUAGCGUGUCGUCGCCAUCGAUUCGCGUUGGGGCAGUAUGGGCGCUCCCUGGCAAUCUUGAAUAAGCGGCGCCAUUCGCAGGAUCCAAAAUUUCGCGAGGUCGUCCUUACCUGCUGCUAUCUGUUUGUAGCAUUUGAUUUGAUGCGCGGUCGAUAUGAUCCAGCAAUGCGACAUCUGAAACAAGGCCUUGCAAUUAUUGAGGAGGCUCACAGCUGGGAGAGUCCCGAGAUGGUCUCUACGAGAAGUCCUCCUAUAGCGAAGCCCCUUCAGAUAGCACUGACGCGCUUCCGCGAUCACAGCUACUUCUUUGGCCUAAACCCGAACCGCUCUGCUAUCGGUGAUCAGGCCCCACUGUCUGAAUAUGGGUUUAGCACGCUAUAUGAUGCCCGGAAUGCGCUAGAUGACGUGGUGCGUGGUUUGAUCGUUUUGAUGAUAGCGGAGAAGCAGCUUGCAACAGAUGAUCAUGGAGCGGAUCGACUUGUUGCUUUGUUCAAGAUGAAAAGAGAUAUAAAACGCCAGUUUAACCAAUAUAAGACGAGGCUCGAUUACUCAGAAUCUCACUCGCUGCACAUCCAGGACCAAAAGGACUUGCGAGGACUUAAAAUCCUCCGAUUACAUCACUUGAACUAUGACCUUGUACUUGAGUCAGUUUUGGUUGAGGAUGACCGCUCUCUUUUAAUUAGUCAUGUGGACGGUUUCCGGCAAAUCUUGGAUCUCUGUGAACAGAUCGCAAAUAGCUUCCAGGAUAAAAGUGGCUCUCACUCCCGACCCAGCCUGGUGUUAGAAAUGGGCGUGAACGCUUCCCUGUUCUUUGUUUUUUGGAAAUGCCACGAUUUCAGCCUACGCCUGCGGGCACUGACACUUCUCGAGGAAUGGCCGCACCGAGAAGGACCGUGGGAUUCUCGUCGGCUCGUCACCUUUGCAAAGCAGACGUUGGACCUGGAAUUUGAUAUGCUGGCUUCUUCAUCGGAUCCCCAGGCACCAAUGCGUUUAGAGAUUUCCUCCUUAGAAGUACGGGAUGACAAAAUGGAAAGUGUCAUUGAAUAUAAUAUUCGUGGACAGAGUCAGGAGGUACUAGGCCAAAGAAGAGUAGUACUUCUUGACGAAGAGGCCUCCGGAGACUCGACGCUGAGCUUUUGCUUACGCACCCAGAGAUAUAUCCACUCAAUCAAUAGUGCAUGCUGAGAUUUUACUUAUACACUGUUUAAUGCGCCUGUACCAACCCACCUCACCCCUUUGCGUACAUUCAUAGCUCGAGGAUCGAGAUUAGGUAAUUGGAUA